AUGGUUUCCACUCGUCGCAAGAAGGCUGCAAUUUCUGCUGAGUUUAUCGAAGACUCAGAUGAGUCCGACGGGAACGAGACUUAUCAGGAGGAAGAUCACUUACCCACCGAACUCUAUUCAAGUUCAUCGGAUGAGUGUGGUGGAGAGGAUGAUGAUGAUGAGGAGGAGGAGGAGGAGAAGGCAGAAAUGAGUGAGCUGGAGAUUGUAGAGGUGCCAACAACCCCACGUAAAUGUGGGAGACCUCGCAAGGCCCCUGCCGCUAUGCCUACCCCCGCAAAGUUUGUUAUUUGCAUCUAUAUUAUCAAAAAUCUAACUGUUGUGCACAGAGGGAAAAAGCGACCCAUUGACGAGGUCGCGGCUUCUGAUUCGGAUGGACCUUUCAUGCAAGGUAUUCCCAUUCACGACAGUCCAAAGAAGCCCCGUGUAGCUCCCUCUGCGACUAAGAAGCCUCCCACCAUGCCAUUGAAAGCAACCCCAGCGAAGGCGGCAACUAAGGCAGCUUCUCCCACUAAGCUCAAGACCACUCCAGCGGUGAAUAACAAGUCAACCUCUCCCAGCAAGGCGGCUUCAGCUAAGAAGAGUAAAGUCGCUGCCAUCAACGAAGAUGAUGACGAACUAGAACAGGAAUCUGUGGACAGCGACGAUCCAAGAAAUAAGACCCGGCAACUUGUCUUUGAUUCCUCAGUGUUGAAGGCGAAAGGGAGCGUCCAAGCAUACAAGAAGAAGAAAGGUGCUCAAGAUGUUUUCCAUAACGAUGCCACAAUGUCCGACGAUGAGAUCACGUUUGUGCUCUGUUUGAGUUUAUUCUCUCUCAUCCAUGUUGACCCAAUAUCAGUGAAAAAAAGCCUGAAGUUUAUCUCCUGGAAAGGAGAUGCCGACAAAGAAGAUGAGGAUGGAAAUGGGAUGAUACUCUUCUCAAGUAUUAAAACCGUCCAUCCCGACAUUGAUUUGAAGUAUGUCAAAGGGCUGGUGACCUUUGAGAAAGACUAUAGUCUGAACGUUAUCAACCUUUCUCGUAUCGAUCCAUCGCUUCUUGUCAGUAAGAAGACACCUGGUCAAACAAAAGGGGGGCCUAUGGUGUUUAUACGAGAUCGCAAGACCCCUGCCUUGUGCGUAACGCUUGGAAUCAUUGCCGACGACCAGACAGCUUCACCUCGUCAACGUUACGGUGGAGAUAAAGAGGUCAAGUUCAUUACCGCAAAGCUUAUCGCAUAUGAGUAUGAGAGAAUGGUCGCCGUCCUUUGCAUGAUUCAUGGAAAAGAGUCUGUUAGGGUACAGCUUGCCGAUAGCACCCUAACCUUUGCCACACGUUCUGCAGAGGUGAACUCUGGUUCUUCUCCUGUCAAAGGAUUUGCAACUGUUCGCAGCCGUGCAACUAUGACCAACAAUACUCCAGAUCUCCCCAUUUUGGAUGCUCAAACCAAACACAUAAAAAUGCCCUCUGGCCUGGGUUCGGUUGAAAAAGACCUCCCAUUGUUUGGUCGUCAAGUCCCCACUGGUUCCAUUGCACUCAUUGGAUAUACGGUUGGGUCAUAUAACUCUAAGGCAAAUCCUAAAGACGUAUCUCUAUCCAUGAACGUGCUAUGGGUUGCCGUACUGGCAGCUAGUGAAGACACUUCGCAAGUCUCACAUCAUCUUUCUGUUAUAUUCGUCCUCAUCAUUGCAUUUCAGGUAGCCCUACACUUCUCAGUCUCUUUUAUGAUGAUCCGGUCUUUAGGAUGA